AGGGAUUUUCUGUACAGAGCUGUCUUUGAAAGACAGCGAUGAACAGGUUGAGAGCUUAUGGGUGAAAAUUAGAGGCCAAGCUGUUGCGUUAAGAGUAAGAAACUUGGCAGAAAAUAAAGCCCCUUGCACUCCAGCUGCUCCUCAGACAUCAGAGGGACCGGGUGGGGUUAGGCCUAAUUUCCGGUUACAACCAGUUCAGCACUGUGAAUCUGGUUGCGUUCUCUAAGAACCUUUGUGAGCGCAGAUUCAGGAAUAGAGUGAUUUUCUGAAGUUACAGAACUAGAGAUUUGGAACUGCCAUUGAGAAAUGCACUAGCUGUGGUAGAAGUCUAAUAACAUCAUGCUAACCCAUGCAAUACUAAUAAUAGCAAUGGUAUGCAGAAGCUUCCCAAGAGAGCGUCCCCGCUUUGGAGGAGGGAGAAGAGAACAGACCGGCAACUGUCUCUGACAUCUCUUGGGAAUUCCUGCUACCUAGCUGAAAUUUCUACCCUCCUUAUAUGCAGCCCAAUCUUCUCCUCCUUACAUAUAGCAAGAUCUAAUUGGAGAGCUGAGUAAUAUAAUCAUAUACGUGGUAGCAUGUACUUCAGUAAGCUUAUUAGCAUAUGCAUGAGUGUGCAUUUUAAUACUUAAAUGACCCUUAAUCGGGCAAAGGUUACUUCUUUGGCCUUGGUGUCCUUCAGAGUUCCGCUCUUAAGACUUCUUUCCAUUUCAUGCCGUUCAUCAGAGCCAAGAAACGGCUUUCCUAGCUGCCCAUGAACUCCUCCUUCGGCCAUAUUGUCCUUUCUUGAUGUCAGCUAUGUGGAUCUCCAUCAGGAAAGAUAAUGUGGAGGGUACACGGUUUAGGCCAUAUAUAGUAAGCCUUAGCCCUUUCCUGACUCCAUGGUCAUCAUCCCACACAAGCCAACAAAGGAAGCCAACCUUGUGGUUGGUAUCUACUAUAGGCCACCAGAUUAAGAGGAUGAGGUCGACGUAAGAAAUCAGGCAAGUUAGGCGGGACAUGAGCGUUGCUGAGUAAGGGCCUUCUCUUCUGGUUGAGCUGAAGCAUGAAGUGGACAUGCAUAGGUAUUGGAAGCAGGGACACGCAUUCUGGGAAGAAUCUAAAGAUGCCGCCCAGGUCUGUAGGGAUGGGAUCAGAAAAGCUAAGGCAAAGCUGGAGCUGAAUUUGGCAGGGGAUGUAAAGAAUCAUAAGAUGGGCUUCCACAGGUGCAUUGGUCAGAAAAUAAGGCUAAAGAAAGCGUACGCCAACCCACAUUCCCUUCCUCCCUCCCCCCCUGCCCCCGCUGAUAAAUAAGCCAGGAGGUCUAGUGGCCAGUAACAUGGAGAAGGCUGUGAUACUCGGUGAGUCGUUUUCCUCUGUUUUCACUGGCACGGUUACCAAACCUCUUGAGACCCUGAACCUCAAGGCAGGGACUUGGGGAACAAAGUCCCUUCCAUCAUAGGAAACGAUCUGUUUUGAGACCACCCGAGGAACCUGUGGAUACACAAGUCCUGCACCUGGAGAGGCACAACGCCAUGCACCAGUACAUGCUGGAGGUCGAUUGGCUGGAAAGCAGCUUUGCAAAAUAGGACGACGUGCCCUUGCCGCAAAGGCGGCCAAGGAUCUCCUUAGCCCAAUAUCGAGGAAAGCAGGGUUUAUAUAUGUUACAAGAUAGAUGUGUGGGCCAUUCAAGGUGCUCACUGUCCCCGGAGCUGCAGGGCACAGCAGACCACCCUUGGGCAGAUUUGAGGGCGCUGCCUAUUUUUCUAAAAGCCUCCUAUCCAGCCUAACGCAAAUCCUACUAUCUUGAACCCUCAAGCCAGCAGUGCCGAACGCACGCUUUGCAUUUUAUUUGCUUCCAGGAGACGUGCAGCUUAGAAACGUCUGCAAUGGAAGUGGGGCUUUCAGCAAACAGUGUAGAGCAACUUCUGUUGGUUUUUCAAAAUGUCCCGAGAAGUUAAGGGCAGGCCUGCCCUGCCCUGGCCAAAGCAGUCAUUUGACUGAAGGGAGCAGCACCAAAAAGGCACAGGCACCUUUGGGGUGGACUUGAUGCGGUAACAAAUAACAAGAAAUAGUGUUUGUAGCUACUACAGCCUCUUCUGCGACCUCGUAGCCCGCCCUCAGGGUCGCAGCACUACACGGGGCAGGUCCCUCGGCGCCCCGAGGGCCCCAGGUCGACGAGAGAGGACUCGCCAAGGAGGCGGGGAAAAACGAAAGAGACAGGCGGGACAGCAAAUGGAGACGCGGGCCACGAUCCGUCGGCCCAAUGGGCGCCGCGGAGGGCCGGGCUUAGUGGAGGAAGUGUCGGGGCGGACACGGGCUUUGUCCUUGGCUGACGAGAGUAUCGGGGUGCUGGCCUCUCGCCCUGGUGGCGCCACUACCGUCUUCGGAAAGAUUAUCAGCAAGGCGUUUCUGUGGUCUCGUCAGCGACGAGGACUAGGAGGUAGCCGCGGCUUUGCUCUCUGUGCGCGGUUCCUCUUCCCUUCCCCCUCCUCCCGCGCUUGCGGGCAUCUGAGCCGAGGACACCCGGUGCGCGGUACCCGGGCGCGCGGCAGGGCGCGCGGCGGCGCUGCUGCUGCGGGUGGGUGGGUGGGUGCAGGGACGCGGGACGGACGGGGCCUCUCUGGGUUGUGGCGCUCUCUACUGCACCGUCCCCAUAGCUUGUUCUGUGCCGCACCCCCACCCCUCCGGCUGCCGCGGGCGUACUGGGUUGCAAGUGUUGUCCGGACUCGCCUCGUAUCCCACCCCCACCGUGUCGUGUGUGCGCGCGUAGAGAAGGACCUCCGAAGUGCCGUUCGUUCCAUGAUCGUUUUGCCCCUAGACGCGACACUUUUCCUAGUCAUGCCUAAGGAGCCAAUUAUCGAGUUGUCUGGAGCAGGAGAUUCUGGUGAAUCUCUUCUUGGGCAUGUCGUGAUUGUUGGCGAGAUGUGUGUUGCUCACCUGGGCCUGACCAAUGGAUUCCGGAUGGUUGUGGAUGAAGGGCCCGAGGGUGGGCAGUCUGUCUCUCGCAUGCAUCUACCCGUUCUGGGUGGCGGUCAGUUGGGCUGGCCGCCUGGCUAAGAUUUUGGCACCGCAAGAGUUGCUGCACGUGUACAAAUCGCCGCUGAAUGGAUUUCAUCUGUUGCCCAUCAAUCUAGCGGCUUUUGAUGUGUAAUUUUUUUUUUGCCAUGCGUCUGUGGAAGGUAACAAAAGCUUUGAGCAGCAGUUGCACAAUAAAGAUUUGUCAUGGGGA